AAGCGUACACGUUAAAAUGAAUGCCCAAUCGAUGGUGCGUCGGCAGCCGCAUAGUUUCUCUAUCGAACAAAUAUUGGCCAAGCCCAAUACCUUCGUUGAACAAUCCGCCGGCUAUGAAGUGUUACCCGAAAGCCAAACGCACAAUGAAAAUGGGCGUGGCAGUUGUGAUCUAUCGCGUGUCUCCAGUCCAGCUACAUCGAGCUGCCUGGACGAUGGCUUGGAGGAUUCAAAAAGCGAUAUAGACUUGGCGUCGGAUGAUGGCAGUGCGCAUGACGAUCGCAAAAAGCGACCACGCACGGCUUUCUCGGCGGCACAGAUUAAGGCGCUGGAAACGGAGUUUGAGCGUGGCAAGUAUCUGUCCGUAGCCAAGCGCACAGCUUUGGCCAAGCAGCUGCAACUAACAGAAACUCAGAUUAAAAUCUGGUUUCAAAAUCGUCGCACUAAAUGGAAACGCAAAUACACGUCGGAUGUGGAAACGCUAGCCUCGCAUUAUUACUCCCAAAUGGGCAUGGGCGGCAUGGCGCGUCCCAUGGUAGUGGGUGAUCGUCUAUGGUUAUUUAGUCAAACACCUGCUGGACCUACGCCUAUACAAUCUAUUAUGCUUAAUGGCGGCGCUGCUGCUGCGCAGCCACUGCGUCCUUAUGGCGUUAUGGAGAGCGCACGCAACGCCAUUUUGGCACGUGGACAGCCCUUAAACUAUGCGCUGCCUUUCGGGCUGCCCAAAGCAACGCCAACGUCGACUGCAACAGCAACUGCACUUAAUUAUGCACCGCGCUGCAAAUCCUACGCCGACUUCGCUGCCGUAAACAAUGAAGCCUAUCUGCAGCUAAAGUAUGCAGCGCUGCCGCCAGAGGCAGAGACCAGCAGCAGCAGCAAUGGCCUAGCAGAAUUGGAGCGCGUUUUUGGCGAUGCUAACGCCAACUUUCUAAUGCACAAAGCAGAAACGCAUAAUAAUAACGGCAUUAACUGCAGCUAUGGUCAUGAAGCUUUGGCGCAGGCGCAACGCAGUCGACGCGUCACGCGCUCAGAGAGCGAAAGCAGCGACAUUGACUGCGAACAACUGGAUGAGGAUGAAACGGCAUUGAAAUAAAACUAAGCUUAGUUAAUGUAUGUAGU